UACCACAUUUCUUAUAGUGUUGUACUUUCAGCUGGUGAAAUAGAAAUAUUAAACUAUAAUACAAUUGUGCAAUAUUAAUUAAUAUCGGAACGAUAUAUACUCAAAUUCAAAUAAUCUCAAUACAUACUCACUCAGGAUCAGUACAUAGUACAACCUGGCCUGUGACAUAGACAUCUAUCUGCAGUCGGUACACUAAGCGAAAUAUGACCAAAUUAUCGCUCAAAAUUCCCCGAGCACAAUUCUGGUGAUAUUUUUGCGUAUUCCGAGCUCUGCCGUGCUUGGAACAUGCUCAUAAAAAAAUUGGCGAGCCACACCCACUUUGUUUCACUUAGUGCGAAGAUUCACAAAGUUUCACAACUUCCUUCGACGUCAUACUGUCAACUGUAAGAAAUUACAAGAUUGUGUGCUUGGCUUGUAAUAUGUAAUGUAAGGGAGAUUUAUACCAGGUAAAUUUCUCUACCAUAUUAAUGGUAUAGCUGCAUACUAUGUACAGAUGUAUCGAUUUGCUAAAAUCAACAUGUAAAUGGAUCCUAUAUUAUCUAGCACUAUAAUGGCGUUCUCGAAUGCAUGUAAAAUAUAUCUCCGGCACGACCAAAAAGCCAAAGAUGUUGGUACACAUUCGUACAGAAAUGUUGCUAUUUACGCACCGUCAUGGAUAAAAGAAGGUCUUGAGAAACUUUCCCUGGCUUUGGGAAAUACAAAAUUUGCCGUAUUUGAGCCAAGAAGGGGGGACAAGCCCUUAGAUGAAUUCACUGUUGGGCCCAAAAUGAGCUUAGCAACAGUGCAAAAAAUUUCUAGGAAUGAAGAACAAAACGUUUCCGGUACUAUCAACAAGACUCUUUACGCUGAAGGAGGACUUGAAGAUAUGCUAAUUCUGCUAGCUAUGAAAGACCUUGUUCGUCAAUCAAUAAUUGUUGGCCGAGAUGUUGCGACACAUUACGGAGGCUAUGGGUCAAGCAGAGUAAAAAUGAAAGCCCCUCGACCAAUUUACAUUUGUGAUCUCGCAGGUCUUCAAUUCCAAAGGAAAUACAACACCGGAAGGCUGGUCCUACUUUUCCAAAAACAAAGUCCAGAUACAGUUGGACUACUCGACGACUUCAUAUUUGAGCAUGUCGUCGGAGAGAAGAGAAAAUCGUACGAUGAAGCAAAAGCUGAUCAUGCGGAUAGAUAUAUUUCAACCCAAAGUUUCGGGAAUGUUUCAUCUCUCUUUGACGUGUAUGCCUAUCAAAAGUUCGUAGCUAGCGAUGUUGUACUCGCUGGUUUGGCUGUAGCUGAAAUGGCGUCAAGAAAUGGGGAACGAGUUGCCUUUAAAUUUUUGAAAUAUGGCACUGGAUUCUUUGCUGGAAGUUUUUCAAGAGAAACAAAUAAAAAUAUUCUGAAAGGAGUUGUGAUGGGACUAGAAAUCUUAUUCUCAACGUAUGGAAGCAAGGUUUUGGGACAGAUAAAACAUCUAGAAUUUCCAUUUUAUCAAAUUGAUGAGGAAUGUAAAGCGAAACUUGAGACAAUCAAAGAAAAGUACGACGUCAGCUUUAGCUUUAGUCAUGACGAUGCCUUAAAGCCAAUGCCGGACAAAGGAUUAAUCGUAGCAACCACGAACUGUGGGGACUCGAUGGCCGUUUUGGGAAAUGAAAUGAGUUUCUCUAGUGUGGAUGCUGCAAUUGCAGAAAAUUUGAAAAGCAAAGGAGCAAUUUUCUGUCCCAUUUUGAAUCCGGAAAUCGAAGAAAAGUUCCUGGACGUUUAAAGAUAGAUUUCUAAGUUAUUUUACACUUUUUAUAUUGCAUAGUGCUUCUUUAUUACUUUUGUUGCUUCAUAAAUAGUAUAAUGGUAUUUAACAAUAACGAAGUAUUUAAUUGCAUAUUUCUUAAAAGCACAAUGUAAUGUAAAUGAGAAUUGAAAAUUCAUUUGUAAGUACUUAUAGUUUCGGUAUGACUUUAGGCUUGUACACACGUCAAGUAGAUAUCCAGUUCCAGUUUCAAUUGACAUUAAUUAAUAAAUACUGAAUUCAUAGAAUAAACUAUGUAUGCUAAAUAAUAAUAAAAUAAAAGUAAACUCAUA